GGUACAAUCGGAUGAUCCCGGAUGGGCGGAGCUAAGUAGGAGGAAGCGCUAACAGCCGCUGACAGCUUGUAGGAACCGGCGUCGAAUAUCGAGUCAUUCAUCACUUUCUUCGCCGCUGGAGGAGUGAGAGAACAGCGACCAGGCAACACACUUUGUCACCCUGAAAUAUUUAUCGACACGCUAUCGGACGUGCGAGCCGAGCAACACUUGUAUGCUGCAUUUGUUUCUAGAAGCGCCCACGGACACUUCGCGGGUAAACGGCGGCGGGAUGGAGACGCAGAUCCGUGUGCCGGUGGGCUCGCCGCUCAUACGAAGAAUUCCAAUUUUUGUGGACGAGCACAACGUGACGGAGGGCGCGAUGAAGCUCGUUAAAGAGCUGAGACCUGCGUGGGGGAAGGACCGCGUCAAGACCAAGUUCUUCACUGAUGGGACAACCAACAAACUGGUAGGCUGCUAUGUGGAGGACAGUCCGGAAGACGUGGUCCUCGUCAGAGUAUACGGGAACAAGACUGAGCUAAUUGUCGACCGAGACAAUGAGCUCAAAAGCUUUCAGGUGCUGCAUGCAAACGGUUGUGCUCCUCGUCUGUACUGCACCUUUCAAAAUGGCAUCUGCUACGAAUUCAUGCAGGGGGAUGCUCUUGGGACACAAGACGUCAGGGAUCCUUCUUUACUCAGACUUAUAGCGAAGGAGAUGGCUCGUAUCCAUGCAAUCCAUGCACAUAAUGGAUGCAUCCCUAAACCCAACCUCUGGAUUAAAAUGAGAAAAUACUUUUCACUUGUGGCUACAGAGUUCACAGAACAAGCAUCCAACAUCAGAAUCCAGAAGGAAGUGCCUAGCAAGGAGGUGCUGGAGCAGGAAAUUGUGUGGAUGAAAGAGCAUCUUUCUACACUGGGUUCCCCUGUGGUGCUCUGUCACAACGAUCUGCUCUGCAAGAACAUUAUUCACAACAGCAAAGAGGCUCAUGUCCGCUUUAUAGACUACGAAUAUUCCAGUUACAACUACCAGGCCUUCGACAUUGGAAACCACUUCAAUGAAUUUGCAGGCAUGGCAGAGCUGGAUUAUGGGUUGUACCCAAGUCGGGAGAUUCAGAUGGACUGGCUCAAAAUCUACCUGCAAGCUUAUAAACUUUACACUAAGAAAACUGAGGAGGUCAGUGUCCAAGAGCUUGAGACACUGUACGUGCAGGUCAACAAGUUUGCUUUGGCUUCACACUUCUUCUGGGGUUUCUGGGCCCUCAUUCAGGCUAAAUACUCCUCCAUUGACUUUGACUUCCUCGGGUACGCUGUGUUGCGUUUCAACCAAUACUUCAAGAUUAAGCCCACAGUGAUGGCCUUACAGAUUCCAGAGUGACAGGAUGGAAGGAUGUCUGGGUUCUUCUACUGAGCCCAGCACAUUUUCUGGACCAUCAAAUGUUCUACAUGGCACUUUUCUCUUCAGCAAGCCUUAAACUCUCCUUCAUUCCUCCUUGAAGUAGCUCAAAUGUGUCUAGCUUGAGAGCUUUCUGAGAUGAGUGUGGAUGUUUGUGUGCGUGUUAAACUUUAAACGCCGGUUUGUCCUCUUUCCAGGCGACUGAGCCCAGUGCAGAGUCUUGAGUUUGGGAGACAUCUCACUGGCUAUUUGCUGUCACUUCCUGGUAGUCAAAUCCACUGGAGAAGUUCCUCUGAUUGGUUUGAUGCUAAUUGCAACAAACAUCAAUACAGAUUUUCCACUGAAAGGUACUCAGACCAAUGCCAGUGGAAAAGUGUUGUGUAGCAUCUUUAGUGCUGAAUGCACUUUGAUCCAGUGCCUCAGCAGCUAUUAAGAAGUAGUGGAAACUGAACGGUUACAUUUGUGUGGGAUUUCUCAGACUCAAGACGAGAGUCUGUGUGGUGACACUGGUUCAGGUGUCAUCCGUUACCUCCUCUCUGGUGCUCUUAGCAGUUUAAGCUGAACUGCUGUUGCUUGUCACUGUCGGGUUUUUCCUUGAAUUUUGGGAAUAUGGAAGAGAAAAUAGUUUAUUUGCUUAUUUAUUUCAGGACUAAAUGGAUUGUUCAACAUCUCAGGUUCAGUUUUGGGAUGCACUAGGUUUGAUUGGACUUAUCCGACCCUCACGACCCCUUGCUUCCUUCCACACCUUCUUGACUUUUAUGGUCGCUUUGAGCCGCUUUGUUGAACUUUCCAUCUAAACUUUCCAUGGAAAAUCUCCACCUCUUUCACUUUGACUUCAUGUCCUUUCCAUACUCAAACCCCAAAAUGCUGUCAACCUUUUGACUUGAUCACAGACACGUUUGAAUAAUGACUCCAAGUCAGGUGGAUUUUGAAUGCAAUCAGCAGGAAAAAUACAGUAUGAUUGGGAAAAAACACAAA